AUGAAGUGGGUACCGGCUCUUCAGCUGGUUGCCAUUGGUUUUUACCUACAGGUGCCUGGGUGCUAUCCAUCGUGCCUUAUAGUGGGCUCUACAGCGAGAUGCAGCUCCCAGAGGCUCCGUCGGAUCCCCGCUCUGCCGCCCCACAUCACCCACCUAUACCUGGAGAUGAAUCACAUCAGGGAAAUCCAUGACACCUCUCUGACAGGACUUGAGCAGCUGCAGGAACUGGACCUUGGAAUGCAGUAUGUGCCGCUCGUGAUCAGGAAUAACGCCUUCAGCAAACAAAGAAACCUAACCAAGCUUGUGCUCAGCUUCAAUGUCGGUCUUCAGCUGGAGCCAGAUGCAUUUGUAGGAUUGUCUAAUUUACAAGCACUACACUUGGAUUACUGCUCACUGCAGGAUUCCAUAUUGGAAGAUAGCUAUCUGCAGCCGCUGUCCUCCUUAGAGACACUUAACCUCUUUGGCAACCAGAUGAAGAGACUUCGGCCUGCGCCUUUCUUUUCAAACCUGACUAAUUUCAGAGAGUUGAACCUGAAGCUCAACCAAAUUGACAUGAUAUGUGAAGCAGAACUCAUUGGUUUCCAGGGCAAACACUUUCACCGCCUGAACUUGGACUCCAUCCGCUUAAAGAGCAUGUUUAGUGAAGGUUUUAAUUGGGAAAAAUGUGGGAAUCCUUUCCGAGCAAUGACCUUUCAGAAGCUUGACUUGUCCCACAAUGGAUUCAGUGUGGGCAGAUCAAGACAGUUUUUCAGAGCCAUUGAAGGGACUAAGAUUGCUAAUCUUAAACUGUCUGGGCCCCUGGGUAAAGGAUUUUCACACAACAACCUCCUUGAUCCAGACCACAGCACAUUUGAAGGCCUCAAGUAUAGCUCAAUCUACAGUUUAGAUCUGUCCAAAAACUAUAUAUUUGCUUUGCAACAGCGGGUGUUCAGUCCACUGAGAGAAACAGCAAUCAUUGAUGUUUCCCAAAACAAAGUCAAUCAGAUACACAGAAAUGCCUUUGACGGUCUUCAGGAACAUUUAAAAGUACUAAACCUGUCACACAACCUUCUGGGGGAAAUCUACUCUCACACAUUUGCUGCUCUGACAAACCUUAAAGUGUUAGACUUGUCUCACAACCAUAUCGGUGCAUUGGGAUACAGAUCAUUCAGCGGGCUUCCUAAUCUAAGAAUGUUACAGCUGACAGGAAACUCUUUGCGAGAGCUGGGUUUCCCUGCAUCAUUGCCAAGCUUACAUUAUCUCUUUUUGAAUGACAAUAGGUUAAGAUCAUCAUCAGUGGGUAGUCUCAUACAGUUUGCCAGCAACAGUACCUAUCUGAACAUUGAAGACAACAGAUUAACAAAUUUGGAAGAUGUUUACAACAUAUUAACUCAGCUAAAGCACCUCCAGCAUCUCUCCUAUGGGGGGAACUUGAUCAAGUGGUGCACCCUUAAUAGACACACUUCAAUAGCUCAUUCAAACAAUUUGCAAACUCUGGAUCUUCACAGCAGUUUCCUGCAGACUAUCUGGGCUCAGGGGAAAUGCCUAAAUCUGUUUGAUAAUCUUGAGAAUCUAGUAGGUCUUAAUUUGAGCUUUAACUCACUGCAGUCUCUGCCUCAGGGGAUUUUCAAGGGUCUCUCCUCAGUAGAGCUUAUUGACCUCUCCUCCAAUGCUCUGACUUAUCUUCAGCCAGAUAUCUUCCCCAGAAGCCUGAAAAGACUCAACCUCUCAAACAACUUCAUAGCUUCCCCUAACCCCACCUCCUUCCGUUCUCUCAGCUUCAUCGACCUGGCUAUGAAUCGCUUCCACUGCAAUCCCAACCUGAAGAGUUUCCUAACAUGGCUGAAUGAGACCAAUGUAACAUUUCUGAGCCCUGUUGAGGAGCUCCGAUGUGAAUUUCCCUCUGAUCUCCUUAAUGUUCCACUGUUGGAUUAUUCUGUUCAGCUCCUACAGAAAUAA